AUGGCUGCUCCAGUCGUCCCUGUCACCAGAGUUCCUGCCCUGGACACGCUCGAUCAAUAUGUUGUGGGAAAAGCCGCGGCCGAUAAGGCGGCGAUCAGCCCAUCCGUCGAGCUUACCUGCAGCUCCGACUACUGCGACAUCGCAAAUAGCCUGAUCGAAGGCUACGCCCGUUUUAUCUCUCGUCUAACUGGUUUGGAGGAUGUCGCCUUCUUCGUGUCGCGUCAGUCAAGCAUCGCCAGCGAGUCCGAUCUGUUGCGCGGGGUCGUUUCGGCUUCCGUGCUGGCCGCGGAGGAGGGGCAACAACCACGUUGCGUUUUCCGCGAAGACAGUGAACAACACGCAGAUGAGGGAGAGGUACAGUUUUCUCUGGACUUGGGCUUGUAUGUCGGUCCUGAAAAUGGCGAGCAACAACCCCUUGUUGGAGUUCGAGACAGUGCCUUCACGACAUUCAUUCGACCUACCACCACGAAAGAUACCCUCGAAAUCAGUUUUGCCUAUCCGACACGCCUUAUACCUGAGCCGGCAGUGGAUCAGCUACUCAGAAUUCUUGCCACACAACUGGCAGACUCAACCACUUUCCUUACCUUUGACGCUCCGUCGCCCAAUCUUUCAGUCUUGAAUUUUCCUCCCCUUAUGAUACCCCCUUUGCGAGAGACGGACCAAGUUGAUUUUCCCGAGUCUGGCCAUUCCAAACAAUAUCUUCUCCAUGUCGCUUUCGAGGGCUGGGCCCGUCGAAAACCUGAUGCCAUAGCGCUGGAUUUUGUUCAUUCUUUGCCUUCUGCCACGGCUGCGGCAGAACACAGCCUUCUUACUUAUGCCGCACUUAAUCAAGCAGCCACUAUCCUCGCUGUACAUAUUCGAGCCCUUUUGUUGGCGAAGAACGCCGCCGACUAUGGACGCAUCAUCCCUGUUUACAUGCCAUCGUGUCCGGAACUUUACAUUACAUAUCUCGCCGUUCUCAAGGCUGGUUUCGCUUUCUCUCCGAUACCCCAGGAUGCACCGGUACAACGGGUUCGUGAUGUCCUAGAAGACAUCGACUGUCCGAUUAUACUUGGCAAUACCCCAGAGCCCGUCUCUGGGCCAUGGUGCGAUGCUAGCGCCGGUUCAACCAUCAAGCAGGUUUGGGUUGACGUAGCGGAGGUCUCAAGAUGGAAGAGCUUGCGUGAUGGUCAGUCCGAGUCCUCGGAGCACGGCGAGCCUCUGGAACAGUUAGACAUCGAGCAUGACCAAACUGCGUACCUCCUAUUCACCAGCGGCUCUACUGGAAAGCCAAAGGGUGUUCAGAUCAGUCACCUAGCUGCCGCCUGCUCCAUUGAAGCUCAUGCUACAGAAGUUCCUAUUCCGGGAGAAGAAAUUGACGAUUUCCGCUGGUUUCAAUUCUGUGCUCCAACCUUUGACCCUUCCCUAGCGGAGAUAUUUGUAACCUUGGGUUGCGGUGCCACUCUCUGCUCGGCCGACCGCAGCUUGACGCUAACCGACCUGGAAGCGACCAUCAACGAAGCUAGAGCAACUGUGAUGAUGGCUACGCCUAGCUUGGCUGCCCUUCUUCGGCCGGAACGGCUAACCACGCUCCAAUACCUCUGGUGUAUCGGUGAAAAGCUUAAUAGAACCGUCAUCGAAAACUUCUCCGCAAAACCUGGUACAAAUGGAGGGAUUACUGUAUCCGAGCCCUCGCGGAUGUUGGUCAAUACCUACGGUCCGACUGAAGCAACGAUUGCCUGUACUUACCUGGCACCAUUUGGCCAUUCCCUCCGCUGCUCCAUAAUUGGCCAAGCGCUAGCAACCUGUUCAAUGUUUGUUCUCGACCCCAACAGCCGUGAGCCUCGAGCGGUUCCUGCUGGUCUUGCCGGUGAACUAGCAAUUGGUGGCCCGCAGCUCAGCAAAGGUUAUCUCAACCGUCCGGUAGAAACUGCAAAGGCGUUCGUUGAUAGUGGCGAGUUCGGUCGCUUGUACCGGACUGGUGACAUGGCACGGAUGGUUUGGGACGAAUCUGGUUCCCAGAUCAUUGAAUUCCUUGGUCGUAUCACGUCUGACCAAGUCAAAAUUAGCGGUCGGCGACUCGAACUAGGCGAGAUCGAAUCAGUCCUCGAGACUGUACGCGGUGCCAACGAGGUUGUAGCCGUGGUUUCCAAACGCGAUGCUAAUGUCCAGGGAAGUGAACAGAUCGUCGCAUGCCUCGUUGCAAAUGGCAGCAGUGAAGCGGAGAGAGAGGAUAUUAUCUGGGAGGCACAUCAGAAUUCCGAGAAACAUCUCUCUUCUUACAUGUGUCCGUCUGCUUACGUUUUUCUCGAUGCUCUCCCUCGGUCCAGUGCCGGGAAAGUCGAUCGCAAAGCGGUAACUGCAAGGCUGCAGCAGGGUUCGGGGGGCGAUAUCAGACUAUAUCCUGCACCCAAAUUGAAGCCUGCGGAAACGAAUGGGAUUCAUGAUGACUGGAAUUUCCUUAUUGAUGAAGACUUGCUGUCCAUUCAGCAGCUUAUAGUUGGCCUCAUUGCAGAGGCAACGGAUGAGAGUGUUUCUGCCAUCAAGCCUGGGACCGACCUGUAUUCACUGGGUAUCGAUAGUCUGGGUGCAAUGCGGCUUCUGCAGAAGCUUAGGGACCAUUCUAUAGAAGGUUUAUCGGUUGGUGACGUUCUACAGUCUGGAACCCCCAAAGCAUUGGUCAACGCCGUCGCUCAGCAACGUCAAUCAAACGGUAUCCCCCAGGUCAAUGGCUCGGAUGAGACCCUCCAACACAGUCUUUCAGCCUUUCAAGAUCGUAAUCACACAAUUUGCGCUGAGAGACUGGGCAUGACUCCUGAGAAGAUCCAAAAGGUGCUUCCAACAACCGCGACACAGUCUGGCAUAUUGACUAGUUUCCUGCGCAGCUCAUCUGACGCAGCCUUUGCAACUCGCUCAUACAUCUAUCAUUCUGUUUUACCACUCGAACCGGGAGUGGACAUAGAUCGUAUCAAAGCUGCGUGGGAAACCGUCAUUGCAAGCUACGACUCCUUCCGGACAGUUUUCUGCUGGCUUGAUGAUGAUAUGGCACCAUUUGCUCAGUGCAUCCUCGCUCCCACAGCAGUCUCGGGGACAAGGUGGAAUACCUAUCAUUCCACGAAGCAGUCUUCAGACGAAAACGUGUUGCAGCAGGCCCUCCAAGAAGCAGAGGAGUCAAUUGAGCUAGGCACACCACCUUGGAGGUUAUCAGUGGUAACAUCUCCGGCAUCUACUCGAAUAAUCUUGAGCAUGUUUCAUGGUAUAUUCGAUGGUGGAUCAUUACAGCUCUUGCUCGAGGACGUGUCUUCCGUGUACUCAGGGAACACGCCAGCACAGCGCGUUUCUCUCGAGCAUCUUGUGAAGCAUCAUUUCCAGGCUGACCACGCAGCAACCGCCAAAUUCUGGGGGCAGCAUCUGGAAAGCUACUCUCCUGUUUGGUUCCCAUCUGUCACGCCUUACCGUACCCCACCAACAAAGAAGACUGGAUGUGUGGAAAUCACGGCUCGCACAAGCUACGACCGCUUGAAAAGAGAAUCUAAGCUCAUCGGUUCAACACCGCUUUCAGUGCUCCAAGCUGCUUGGGGGUCGGUCCUCCUGGCUUACACUGGAACUCCAGCUCAGGACGUAGUUAUGGGCAGUGUCGUAUCUGGUAGGCUUGACGUGGACUCAGAAACCUGCGUUGGUCCGACAUUUACCACUGUCCCGAUCAGGCUUUCCCUGAGCCAAAUCCAACAAGACUCCCAGAAGUCGUGGACAAACCGCUCGGUCGCGCGCCAUCUGACAACUUUUAAUGCACAGACACUAUCUCACCUACAACCUCGGCUAGGAUCGCUAGUAACGGCGGAUGGCCGGCUUCCAUACGAUACCCUCAUCGCCUACCAAGACUUCAACGCUGGCUCCAGUGUUAGUGGUCUCUGGAGCUCAGUCGACCAUCCGGCCAUGGCGAACGAUUUUGCUGUUAUGAUUGAGAUAUGGCCCGCUGCUAAUUCAUCUCUGACAUUCCGGGCUAGUUUCAACGACGUUCUGCUUGAUCGUAACUCCGCCGAAAUGAUGCUCUGGCAGAUGUCUGACAUUGUCGCUUACAUACUAGAGCAGCCCGAUGAGAGCUUCCAAGAUGCCCCAUCUCAUACGGAGACUGGGCUAAAGUCGAGCUUCAACUCCAAGCCGUCUAUCGCUCCCGAAGUACUAGACGGUGCACUUCUUCAUUCCCAGUUCGAGGAGCAUGCAGCGUCCCAUCCAGAAGACCCUGCCUUGAUCUUCAAGUACGACUUAGAUGACGAGAGCAACCCACGAAAUAUCACGUGGUCCUACGCCGGGCUCAACGCUUUGGCCGACAAACUCGCAGAGCAUCUGCUUCAAACUGGCGCACGAGUGGCAAACUCGCCGAUACCUAUUUGUAUCGAGAAGAGCCCGGCCUUGUAUGUUGCCAUCCUUGGCAUUCUCAAAGCUGGUGGUGCUUGGUGCCCGAUUGAUACGCUCUCUCCUGCACAACGUCGCCACGACCUCAUUGCACGGACCGGUUCAACAAUCCUUCUGGUCUCUAGUGUAGAUGGAGAGCAGCCAGAUGGUUCAAUUCCCAUUGGUGUCGAGACAAUUGACGUGGGCAAAUUCACCAUCGACGAACCCAUCUAUGCGAACGGAGUAGUACGGGGUGCGUCUAGGGACCGGGCUACUCCUGAUGGCAUGGCGUAUCUCAUCUGGACGAGCGGUACAACAGGAGCACCGAAAGGUGUCCCGAUCAAGCAUUCUUCGGCUGUCUCGAGUAUGAGAUCACUUCAGAAGGAUAUCCCUACUGAUGUAGCUGGCGGGGUACGUUGCUUGCAGUUUUCACAGUACACCUUCGACGUUUCGAUCCAGGACAUCUUCUACACCUGGGGUGUGGGGGGCGUUCUUAUCUCUGCAUCGAGAGAGAUCAUGCUUGGUUCGUUCUCAAAGCUUGCGAACAUCACGAAUGCCACACACGCACACCUGACUCCAGCCUUCUCGGCAGGUGUCUCCCGAAAAUCAUGCCCGACACUUCAAGUAAUCACUAUGAUCGGUGAGAAGCUGACGCAACCUGUGGCCGAUGACUGGGGUACCGAUAUGAGAGCAUUCAAUACUUACGGGCCCGCCGAAGUGACAGUGGUUUCCACGAUCAGGGAGUUUGGUAACGAACACAAAAACAUCAAGAGCGCGAACAUUGGCUGGCCGAUGGAUACUGUGUCUGUGUUUGUAACAAACAAGCAGCGGCUCAUCAUGAAGAAUGCUAUAGGCGAGCUGGCGCUGGGCGGACCACAACUUUCUCCUGGUUAUCUGAAUCAAGAGGAUGUCACCAAGGCCAAGUAUGUCUGGAACGAAGAGGUUGGUCAGAUGGUGUACUACACUGGAGAUUUGGUUCGCAUGCUUGCUGACGGAUCCCUGGAGUACAUCAAUCGUGUUGAUGACCUGGUCAAACUGGGAGGUAUCAGAGUGGAGCUGAGCGAGAUCAGCUUCUCGCUCGGCGAGUGCCAUCCUCUGGUUGAGAAUAUUGAGACGCUUAUUCUCAACCGCCCAGACCGGCCUAAUAAGGUUGUGGUCGCCUUUCUCUCUGCUCCGAAAGCUACACGCACCGAAGACGAGCAGCUCUUGAUGAUCGAUAAGGCGGCGCUUGAGAUUGCCCGUGCUGCCAGCGAGAAAGCACAAAGCGUUCUACCUGACCACAUGAUACCGUCUGUAUACCUUGUGGUCUCGCACAUCCCGAGAACAUCAUCCGCCAAGACAGAUCGCAGGGCCUUGGAAGCUGCCUAUGCCGGUGUGGAUAUCGAUAGUUGGGAGAAAGAGAUGAAUCCAGAAAUCAAAUCUUCUGCAGCGGACUCCCAGGACCAGCACACCGCGACCAUAACACACCGGGUAGUAGAAAUGAUUUCUACCUUGGCCAAUAUCUCCCAGUCAAUUAUCACGAAGUCCAGCCGCCUGGGGAGUCUGGGUAUCGACUCUAUUCGCGCAAUCCGGCUUGCCUCCAGACUCAAGGAGGCCGGUCAUCAAUUGUCUGUUGUGGAGGUCCUAAAUUGUGUGACUGUCCAGGAUCUUGUCCAACUGGCCUCCUCAUCUACUGUAGUGGAGAAGCCCACCUACGAAACGUUCGACGUUAGGGCAUUCCAUGACACCUGGCACACAGCCACAGUUAGCAAAGUACCGGAGGGAUUCAUAACUGUGCGCGCGACCACGAUCCAGGAAAGUCUUCUUAGUGAGACAAUGGGUACAUACAACAGAUAUUGGAGUAAUCAUUUCUUCCUGCUUGACAGCUCGGUGGAUGCGACGCGAAUGAAACAGGCUUGGCUUGCAACGAGCCAGAAGGUGGAGGCUCUGAGAACUGGCUUUAUCCCUGUUGCGGAGGUCGAUGACGGGAAAAGCCGAUCGCAAGGAAAACUUGACUUUUCUAUAUUGCAAAUCAUUUACACACUACCAGAUGUCGAUUGGGAAUACAUCAACUGUUCAGAGCAGGACCUGGUGGAGCAUCGCGAAAAUCGGAUUGAGGAGAUCAUGACCAAACACCAGAAGAACUAUUUCAAAUAUCCCCCAUGGGCCGUUACAGUAUUCGACACAGGCAAAAGGCAGCUCAUGAUCCUCACCCUCCAUCAUUCGAUUCAUGACGAACCUUCCCUGGGACUUAUAAUGGAUGAUGUGCGAUCAGCUUAUGCUUAUAAACCUCCUCAGAGACAUCAACUCAGUGAUGCGCUCUCGAUCGUUCUACCAGGAGAAAAUCGGAGCAAGGAGACCAGAAGCUUUUGGAAAACCGAACUCAAGAAAUUUGCAGAGCUUGAUGCGCCAGUGUGGCCCGAUCUCACUGGGAAGAGGUUGCAGCCAGGCGAAGUCCCCAAGCAUAUCUUGAUUACAGAAGAGUCGCCUUUAACGGAGCCUGUUGGCAACCUGCAGUCGUUUGCAGCCCAACUUGGGGUCUCAUCCAUUGCCUCGAUUAUCCGAGCCGCAUGGGCCUUUGUUUCGCUGGCUUAUCUUGGUCUUCCAGCAACAGUCUUUGCUGAGACUCUCUCUGACAGAGUCCUGCAUGCUGACCUUGAAGACUGCAUUGGACCCCUCAUCUCCGUUGUACCUAUUCCGUUCCAUCCAACGGGAAACACUCGUGAGCUACUUACCGAGCAGCAUCGCAUCUCUGUUCAUUCCUGGAAGUAUCGCCAUAUCCAUGCUCGCGAGGUCCGAAAGAUUCUCAAGAGACCCAGGGGUGAGGCCUUAUAUCCGGCGGUGUUCAACUUCCAUGUUGCGAAAGAAGAGGGUGCAAACGUCACUCAGCCUAGCAUUUGGCGCGAACUCGAAGAUGAGGUCGGGCUGCAUGUUGAGCAUCCCAUGGCCAUGAACGUUUUCCAACAUAUGGAUGGCUCUAUAGUCCUCGAGGCAACUGCGGACAGCAGCAUAAUGUGUCGGGCACAGCUGUCACUAUUCAUUCGUCAGAUCGACGGGCUUAUCAGUUCAAUGCUCGCAUCUCCAGACCAGCCCCUUGCAAGUCUAAUCAACCGCUUUCCUUCGCCAUUACGAUCGCUAUCGAAUCAGCCUGUCAGAGAAGAAGUAGUGAAGUCUGUUCGACUGAGCCCUACGCACUGGUUAGAGGUGUAUGCGAAGAAGCACCCUGAAUGGACAGCCGUUGAGGUAGCCAGUGAAAUUUCCUCAAACGGGAUUGUGAAGGAAGCUAUGACCUUCGGUACAUUAAACUCUGAAGCAAACCGUGUUGCGGCCUACCUGGCAUCUCUUGGUCAUAAGAACAGGAUGAUCGGAGUCUGCAUUGGGCGAAACCUGCCCUCUUAUCCCAUCAUAAUCGGUAUCUUCAAGUCAGGAAAUGCUUACCUUCCAAUCGAAGAAAACCUUCCGGAGGAUCGCAAAGCUUUUCUCAUCAAGGAUAGUGAUUGUCCUGUUGUUUUCACCGAAACGGCGUUCGUGAGCACGCUCCAAAGUACCCCCGAGGGAUGUCGCGUGAUAACUAUCGACAACCCGGAGCUCUUGGGCUCACUUGCCACUAUGUCAACAGAAGAUCAAGACUAUAACUCCGAUCCCAACGAUCUGGCAUAUCUUUUAUUUACCUCAGGCUCGACAGGGAAACCGAAGGGUGUGAUGGUGACCCGAGGCAACCUUUCAUCUUUCAUCGAGUCGAUCUCGGUGUUCACAGGCCGGUAUGCCCCCGCUACGUAUGAUCUGGGCGGCACUGGAAGAUAUCUCGCGCAGGCCAGUCGAGCUUUUGAUCCCCAUCUGUUGGAAAUGCUCUUCCCAUGGCGCCAUGGGAUGGCUACUGUUACAGCUCCUAGGAUGAUGAUUUUGGAUGACCUGGGGAUAACCUUGUCCAAGUGGGAUAUCACUCAUGCAAGUCUGGUGCCAUCUCUUCUGGAUCAAGCAAAUAUUGUACCAGAGCAAUGUCCCAAGUUGAGAUUCAUGACUGUUGGUGGAGAAAAGAUUUCACAGAAGGUAUUGGACACCUGGGCGGGAACACCACACAUGGCGCUUAUCAACGCAUACGGCCCGACAGAGGUAACCAUCGGCUGCACAUUCGCUCCCGUCGGAAAAGACACAAACUUGCGCAAUAUCGGACCUCCCCUAGCAGCCUGUGUGUCUCAUGUCCUUGUCCCUGGUACCCUUGACUAUGCUCUGAGAGGCCAGGCUGGCGAGCUAUGCUUUUCUGGAGACCUCGUUGGAAGGGGCUAUCUCAACAGACCAGAUGCCACUGGCUUCAUCACCGGACCUAAUGGUGAAAAGAUGUACCGGACUGGUGAUUUGGGACGCAUGAUGCCAGACGACUCGGUCGAGUAUCUUGGGCGUGGCGAUGACCAGACCAAGAUUCGUGGUCAAAGGCUAGAGCUCGGUGAGGUAUCUGAGGUGCUUCGCUCUUCGUCGACUGUUGGCAUUGAUGUUGUCACGACCGUGGCCAAACACCCUGGUCUUUCAAGAGUCCAACUUAUCUCGUUCAUCGCUCGGUCGGAAGCCCGUCAACGUGUGAAGAGCGGAGAUGUCACCUUCGUUAUGUCCGACUUCGCAACGCUAGGCAAGGAACUUCAAGACUCUUGCAAGAGGAAGCUACCGGGCUACAUGGUUCCCGAGCUUAUUCUCCCCAUCACUUAUAUACCUUUGGCACCGAUGUCAGGAAAGGCAAACAUCAAAGAGCUACAUGGCCUCUUCUCCAGCCUUCCUCUGCCUACUGUCCUUCAAGGUAACAGCUCGGCAAGUAAGGACGGCGUCGUUAUUGAACGACCUUUGACUGCCGACGAAGAAGCUGUGAUCAAAGAAGUCCUUGAUGUUGUUUCGGCGGAUCCUUCGAUUGUUAGACCCAUGACGAACAUCUUCGAAGUUGGCCUCGAUAGUCUAAGUGCCAUAGGGCUUACGAUUAAGCUCCGGAGAAUUGGGUAUGAAGUCACGGUAGCCAUGGUCAUGAGCAACCCGAUCAUUGAGCAGCUUGCACGCUUACCUAGGGGUUCUUCGGACGCAGAGAGUGCUGUCUCGCAGACACGUCAAGCCUUUCAAAACAUUGAGUCUCAAUACCGCCAACAACCGUCGCCCGGUGUCAACCCGUCCGAUGUGGACACGGUCAGGCCUUGCUUGCCACUUCAGGAAGGUUUAGUUGCUCGCUCAAUUAAUAGUGAAAGCGAUCAACUCUAUGUCAAUCACAUUGCCCUUCAACUCGAGGCCUGUGUCGAUAGUGAGAAGUUAAAAUCUGCCUGGCAAGCUGUCUCAAAUGACACCGAGAUCCUGAGAACUUUAUUCGCUCCUUUGGACAAGCAAAUGGUGCAAGUGGUCUACACGGUCGAUUCUCAUCAGUUUCCAUGGAAGGAAGAGGAGUAUGAGAGCCUGAACGAAGCUAUUGAGCAUAACAAGGCACAACAGAAGCAGAUCUCUGAGGAAAUCAUUGCAAACAUCUCCACUGUCCCACCAGUGCGGUUCCUCAUAGCCAAAUCCUCGGAAACCAAGGAACCACUUGCCCUCUUCAUUAACAUUCAUCAUGCGCUCUAUGAUGGAGAAUCUUUCACGAUGCUAAUGGAGGAUGUGGCAGCACGCUAUGCAGACCAACCUAUCCCUCAGAGAGGCUCGCCGUCGGCUUUCGUUGAAUACGUUUAUAGUCAGGAUUCAGAAAAGGCCAAGCAACACUGGGUCCGCUAUCUGGAAGGAUGCCAUCCGACAACUUUCCGUACUGACUUCAAUGCCAUGGAGCCUCCGGUUGUCGUACAUAGAAGCCUUGGUGUGAAGCUUUCUGAACUGGAGCACCGCUCUGCAGCUCUUCAGACCACUGUACCAUCCUUGGUGCAAGCGAUUUUCGCACUCUUGCUGGCUGAUACCGUUGGUGUGUCAGAUGUGACCUAUGGGUUGGUCCUGUCCGGUAGAGCCGUGUCGGUUCCCGGAGCUUCCUCGGUACUUCUGCCUUGCAUCACUACCGUCCCUGGUCGUCUCAAUACCGCUAGCCUGAGUACAGUUGACGAUGUUGUGGCGGAUGUCCAAAAGUCUACUGUGGGGUCGCUUGAUUUCCAGCACACACCCCUGAGGCAUAUACAGAGAUGGAUUAAUGCGGAAGCUCCCCUGUUCGACUGUCUAUUUUCUUAUAUUAGGACUGCUGCGCCACCAGAACACCGCCUGUGGCAAGAACUAGAGAGCAAUAUGCCUGCCGAGUAUCCGUUGGCAGUGGAGGUCGAGGCCAACCAUUCCAUGGACACUGUUCAGCUCAACUGCUUCUUUUCAUCCGCUUUCGGCUCCCUAUACAAUGGAAGUGAAUUGAUCGAGAAGAUGGACGCAGUGCUCUCGAGCAUUGCAGCGGGUCAAAGUCUUUCGCUAGACGACUUCAAUGUCUCUCAUUCAGCAGCAUCUGGUUCGCGUCCUGCUGUGCUGUGGGACAACACCACAUGGUCCACCGCGGAAACCACGAUUCGUGAAUACACGAUGUCUUUUUGCGGAUUGACUUCGGUGGAAGUCACUAAAGGCGCUUCUUUCUUGAGUUUGGGUGUUGAUUCGGUCACGGCAAUUCAAUUUGCGCGUCAGCUACGGGAAGCUGGGCUUCAGGUUUCUUCUGCUGAUAUUAUGCGUUUCUCAUGCGUUGGUGCGUUGGCUCAGCAUGUGGAGCAGAAAUCACGUUCUCAGACCCCGGUUAACGGUACCAAUGGGCACGAGAAGACAAUUACCGGUAUCCCUAUUGAGACCUACGGCGAAAAUGUUCGACUCCUUGCAGAGGAUGAUUCGAUCUCUACAAUGUUCGAAACUACGCCCCUGCAGUCGGGAAUGAUUACGCAGACAAUUGCUUCUAGCGGAAAGGUGUACGCUCACCCGCACAUUAUCAGAUUAAAAGACUCGGUCGAUACUACCCGACUGAAGGAGGCUCUUUUCAGAGUCAUCGAUGCAAAUGAUAUUCUGCGGACAUCCUUCCACCUAAUCGCUGAGCUUGGUUCCUCCUGGAUUGCCGCCGUACACACCAAUCCUCCUUUCCAGUGGGAGGAGCUCACAUUGCCUUCCGGGGCCGAUGUUCUGACUGAAGUCGACUCUCUCUAUGAUUUCAGCGAAGAGGCUUCUUUCGAGGUCCCACCAAUUCGGUCUGCUCUAGUCAACCAGCCUGGAGGCAGAUUACUGGUUGUUGUUCUGCAUCAUGCUCUGUAUGAUGGUUCUUCCAUCCCCUUCCUGUUUGAGGACCUGGCCGUGUGCUAUGAAGAAAGCAGUCUUCCGAUAAGACCACAGUUCUCAGAGACUGUCCAGCAUCUACUAAGCGGUCAAGAAAAAGCUUGCGAAUUCUGGACAGAAAGACUACUCGGAUAUGAAGUCACUGAACUUCCUGAGCUUCCUCAUCCUGAGUCGUCAGACCGCAUGUUGCUUUCUGAAUGCCGGGUUGACCUUGACUUGUCGGCCAUAGUGGAUGCCUGCAAGGCAAUGGAGGUCACCGUGCAGAGCGUAUCUCUCCUGGCCUAUGCGAAGGUUCUAGCAGGUGUAGUCGGAAAACGUGAUGUCGUCUUUGGACAAGUCCUUGCAGGCCGCUCGUUGCCUGUUGCUGGUGCCGAACGAACCCUCGGGCCAAUGUUCAAUACAGUUGCUCAGAGGGUCUCUUUCGAGCCCAAGUUCCUGAGUAACAAGGCCAUGGCCCAGCGCUUACAACAGCAUACAAUUGAUUCGCAGAGCCAUCAGAACGCGCCACUCAGACUUGUGCAGAAUUCUUUCAGGCAGGCUAACAACAGCACAUCAUCCAUGCUUUUCGAUACUCUUUUCGUCUUCCAAAAGAGUGCGGACUUCGCUGGCAGUAUCAUAGAAGAGCAACAGAUUUGGACACCUUAUGAAGCAGAUGACUAUGCCGCGCAGGCAGAAUAUAAGCUCAAUGUUGAGGUCGAUCAUGCUUGCGAUGGACUUGUGGUACAAGCAACUUGCAACGGCCGGUACAUCUCCCAGGAAACGCUUGACCAACUGAUGGAUGAAUUCGCCAUUGCGUUCCGUGACAUUAUCGAGCAUCCUACUAGGUGCGCUACCAUCGUGCCACAAGGACUUGGUGAGUUACCGACAAAGCUGUCUGUUGAGCAGUCGCUCGACCCCAAUGUUGAAUCAUCCGAAGCACCAUCCCAUGAGGCCAUCAUCCAGUCUGUGCUCGCUGAGAUCGCUGGAAUCUCUGUGGACAACAUCAAACCAAACACUAGCAUCUUCAAUAUCGGAUUGGACUCUCUCACAGCUAUCCGCAUUGCUUCGAUUUGCCGAUCGAAGGGUUUGAAAAUUGGGGUAGCCGACAUCCUUCAGGGGAACACCCUGCGUGGGAUCAGCCAACGCAUCCAGCCAUUGUCCGAACAGGCAAUCCAACCUCGGGGUUCACUUAUCAGAAAUUACACCGAGGUGGAAACCACUGUGCUCCAACAGCUCAACCUCAGCAAGGACUCUGUCGAAGCCAUUCUACCUUGUCUCGGUGGCCAAUUCUAUCAUUUAGUCAGCUGGCUGAAAUCUGGACGGAAUCUGCUCGAACCUGCCUGGGCAUAUGCCUGCUCCGGGCGCAUCGACAGUGCUAAAAUUGAGGAAGCUUGGUUCCAGCUCCGCCAAAGGCAUCCUAUCCUCCGCACCUGCUUCGCAGCUAUAUCCUCGUCGGAAGCAGUACAGAUUGUUCUCAAACAGGCAAUGCGUGGUGCGGGCACAUUCCAGGUUAUCGAGACCUCUACUCCUCUUUUUGAAGCAGCCCAAGCACAAGCAAGAGAAGAGGCUCUCCACCCAUCCUCGCUUUUUACGCCUCCCGUCAGACUUCGUCUAUUGAAAGCUAACGACAGAGAUGGUAUUCUCCUCCUCAUAAACCACGCCGCGUAUGACGCAUGGACCAUGCCACUUUUCGUUAAAGAGCUAGCAGAGCUCUACAAUGACCAACGCCCCGUAGCUAACACUGACUUCCCUGCAUUCGUCGACUUCUCAAUGCGCUCUCUCCAGAGCCUCGAUGAAAAGCAAUACUGGAACACUACUCUCGGUGACGCCUCUCCUACCAUCAUCCGCAACACUCGCACCGAAACCCAGCCUACCCCAGACCAGCUCUUCAUCGGAGUCUGGGAAAAGGUCAAGGACCUCUCCCAACUCGAGACAAAAUGCCGAUCCUCCAACGUCAGUCUACAAACCGUCGUCCUCUUCGCCAUAGCCCGCUGCAUCGCACGUCUCACCAACGUCCAAAAUCCAACAAUGGGUCUCUACCAAGCCGGUCGCUCUGCCUCCUUCAACAACGUCGAGAACCUCUCCGGACCCUGUCUGAACGUUAACCCAUUCACCAUCCCUAAUGCAGACACCAACCCCAUCGACACUGAUCUUCUUACUCAAGUUCGUGCUAUUCAAUCCUCUCUCGCGGACCGCGUCUCCUACGAACAAAGUUCCCUCCGCAACAUCCUCCAGUGGAUCUCACCCGAGAAACCCCUCUUCAACACCUGGGUGAACCUCCUCUGGACGCAGAACACUAUCUCCUCGAAUGCCAAGUCCACAUCAGAUGGUACUGAGGACUUCUUCUCCCCGUUGCGGAUCGGUGUCCCUACAGACUUCAUCCCCGAACAGCCUUUGGCUGAAGAAGUCACUGCCGUGUCGGCACUAGAUACGGAAUUCCUGCCGUCAGAAAAUGUAUUCAUUGAUGUUGGCCCAGAUGCCAAGACGGAUUCUAUCGGGUUUGGUGUUCGAGUUGAAGGGGGAGUCAUGAGUGUCGAAGAGGUGCAUAAGCUUGUUGAUGAAAUUGCGGGAGAGAUUGAGAGAACUAUGGGGAUGUUGGCAUGA